AGAAAAGAAUAUAUUUGAGGGAUGACUUCAAACCUAUCCUCAAAAUAUUUGGGACCAUUUUUGAAAUUUUCUCGAGAAUUAAAUCCUACGUUUUAGGGAUUCUUUCUAAAUAGAAAGGAGGGAAAAGUAUUGGGAAAAUGAGCACAGGCAGUUCGCUGACGUCAUCACCGGCGAGGUCAUCAAGUUCAACGAUGGCGAUGAUGGGAGGAAAUGUAGGGCCCACGUCAUCAUCAUCUAUAGCCGUUGAUGACUUCAACUUCCCAACUGAUCUCAUCUCCAUUCAAGACCGCAAAGAUGAAGCUCUUAAUGUUCUCAAAUCCGAUCUGAUGGCUUCACUGAAUAAAGAGGUUAAAUCCCUAGAUGAGGAUAGCUGGAUGUUUGAGGGCCCUAGGUCUCGUAUUCACAGGAUUUCUAGGCCAGGUCGUCUUCACAAACACGGAGAAAUGGGAAAGCAGAAUUCUAAGUUGGUGGCCACAUUAAAAUGAGGAAUGUUUUCUUUGUUGAGAAUUGUAAUAUAAUGUAGCCUUUAUGUUAAUGAGCUUGUCUUGGUAUAAAUGUGAGCGGCACCAAUAUAAUGUUGUUGUUUUAAUUUUCAAGUGUACAAAUUUCAUGAUAUUUUUCUUCCUGUUUCUUGCU